AUGGCGGAAGGACUUGCUCGCGCAGGAGCCAGUGGCCUCGGUGACAAUGUGAUUGCGCAGCUCGAGGACAAGAUUGAGGAUCUCGAGGAACAGCUCGCAGCGAAGAGAGCGUCGCUACCGACGCCUGUCACACAGGAACACGACCAUGUGGAGGCCUUAUGUCUCUAUGCUCUUGUGCUGGUUGGCGCGCUCUUGCCGGAUGGUGAAGCGUUGGCCCACAGCAUGUCGCUUCCCCUGGAUGCUCUGCAUGCGUUGUUUGCACCGCCACGCUUCGAUGAGGAAGGACGUGCAGAUCUGGCUGCUCUGCCAGUAGCGGCAGCUUCGGCAGCGCUAAGGACGACAUUAGAGUGUCUUCGUGCUGCUGGCCCAGCACAGAAACGCACAAGUUCACUGGCAUUCGUGUCGCGCGUGCAACAAACACUCGACAGUCUGUCGUCUUCGGCGACGAGUGCCGCUGGGCCGCAUGGCAUAGCGUCGCUGGUAUCGGAUGUGUUCGCUCGUCUUUUGGGCACUCUCGAUACGAGUGAGAUGAUCACGGAGCGAGCCAAGGUGCUCGAAGAUUCGGUACAUGGCUACAAUGAUACAGACACGGAUGCCUCACGAUCUCUGACACACUAUGUUGAUGGAUUAUGGUGA